CCGCACGGGGCAAGAUGGCGGAGGACGAGGAGGAGGAGGACUUCACCUACUUCGGGUCGGCGCUGGAGCCGCUGGAGGAGGGGCAGACGACUGUGAAGAAACCAGUUCCGCUGCAGGAGCAGACAGUGAAGGAUGAGAGGGGACGGUAUCAGCGCUUCCAUGGUGCAUUCACCGGCGGCUUCUCCGCAGGGUACUUCAACUCCGUGGGAUCAAAGGAAGGAUGGGCGCCAUCAACGUUUGUGUCGUCGCGGCAACAGAAGGCGGACACGCAGAUGUUUGCCCCCGAGCACUUCAUGGACGAGGAGGAUCAGGAGGAGCACGGGAUAGCGCCGCGAGGGAUCAUGACGAGGAGCAGCUUUGCGUCCAAGGCAACGGACGCAGUGCAGGAGAGGGCGCGAGCGCUGGCGAGUGUUGCCGGGCCCAUCCCUGGGGCCAGCGCCCUCGGGGACCUCAUCACCCUGGCAACGGUGACGGUGGGUGUACGCCUGCUCCGGCUGAUGGGCUGGAAGGAAGGCCAGGGGCUGGGACCCCGCGUGAAGAGGAAAGCCCAGCGGCAGUACAUUGAGCCAGCAGUGAGAGUGUACGGCUGUUCACUGCCAGAUGAAGAGCUGCAGCAGCCACAGGAGUGUGAGGGAGAGGCCUACCUGCCAGAAGGCCUGACCUUUGCCCCCAGGGACGUGGUGCCCAUGGACUUCACCCUGAAGGACGAUCGUCACGGACUGGGCUACAGCGGCAUCGAUCCUCGCCGGGCACUGUGCGGCUCUGCCAGCCUGGACCCAGACACCCUGGUCCCCAACCCUGCCCACCGUCUGUUGGAGCAGGCCCCGGUCACUGGACACACCAGGCCCGGCAUCACUGGACAGGCGUUUGGUGUGGGUGCGCUGGAGGAGGAGGAUGACGACAUCUAUAGCAGGGACUCGCUGUCACGCUACGACUCUGUGCUGAACGAGGAGGAGCCGGGGGAUGGGCUGUAUGGCUGGACCGCCCCAACCCCCACGCCACGCGGCAGGGGCAGAGGUGCCUGUCUCCAGCAGGGAUACGUGGGCAAAGAGAUGGAAGGCUUCACUCUGCGAGCGGCCACCACCAAGUCCAUCACGGUACCUACUCCUUCCCUCCUGUAGCCCGGCGCGGGCAGUAAUCAGCUCCUCACAGUGC